GCUCUUUUAAUUCAUUGAUCAGGAUUACAAACUCAUAAUUAAAAAUAAAUUAAAAUUCAGUUUUUAAUUCAAUUUCUUGUUUAUACAACUGUUAAGGCUCAUCAAUAUUAAGUUAAUAAUCUACUCUAAUCGUUUAAGAUUGCCGAUUUAUAGAUUCUUAGUCAUCUAAUGGUGGUUAAUUCUCAGUAGUUGGACUUAAUUCUAUUAAUAAUAUUAUUGAGAACACGUAUUUUAUAAAUAAUGAAGUUAAUAAGGAUGGAGGAGCCUUUUACUUGUAAACGAGCUAGCAAGAUGUAUUUUAGUUGAACUUUAUUAACAGUAAAUUUACUUUAAAUAAAGCUUCGUAGGGAUAUGGAGGUGCAAUUUAUAUCAUUUCAUAAGCAUAAAAUACAUAACAAUAGAAUAUCCUUUUAACAAAUACAUUAAUUUAUUAAAACAGUGCAUUGGUUGCUGGUGGAAUUUUUAAUCAAGGGAUCAACCCAAUAUUAGAUAAAAAUUCUUAAAUACAUAACAAUAUAGCUGAUUAUUAUGGAACAGAUAAAUUUUCAUACCCUCAAGAGUUAUAUUUAAUAAAUUAAAACUUCAAAGAAAUAACUUUGAUUGGUAAGCCAGGGCAAGUGUCUUUUAUUGAAUUUACAUCUGAUUCAAUAAAAAUAUUUAAUAGUAAUACUCAAAGUUAUGAGCAAAACUAUUCCUAUCCUAUUUAAGUUAAUUUUAGGGAAUGCAAUAAAGGUGAAAUAAUCUCUUCGUAUAAUAAUAAUUUUUAAGAAUGUUAAACUUGUGAUGAAGGUAAAUACUCUCUAGACUUUUCUGGGUGUUAUUCAUGCCCUUCUGGAGGUGAAUGCACUAGAGGAGUAAUUCUUUUAAAGCAAGGUUUUUGGAGAGAAGAACAAUACAGCUCAGAUAUUAUUGAAUGUACUAAUAGAUUGGAAAAUUGCAUAGGAAAUUCAUAUGGAAAUGCUGUUUGUAUAGAAGGGAAUAUAGGGCCCUUGUGUGAAGAAUGUGAUGUGUAUGGUACUUAUUGGAAAACUAGUUAUACAAAAAAAAAUAAAUUUGAGUGCAUAAAAUGUAAAGAAUAGACAUACAAUUUAUGGAAAUUAUUUUUAUCUAUAUUAUGGAUAUUUUUUGCUGUGUAUCUCACUGUUAGGAGAGACAAAAAAAAUUAAAGAUUAAGGUUAAUUGUAAAUGCCUUUUAUAAAAAAAAUGUAUACACAUUUAUGGAUAGAUAAAAGACCCUUCUCUAUGAGUAGAAAUCAAAAAUCUAUAUGAAGAUUUUUGUUAAUUAUAUUUAGAUUGCCUCUGCAGCUGUCUCAUUUAAUUUAAAUAUAGGAGCAUAUGUAAUAGAUGCAAUUUCUUACUUAGGAGUGCCUAUUUCUACAUCUAUUGACUACUUAGAAUGUUUAAUAAAAGAUUUAAAUUCUGACAUUCCCUUGAUUUAUUUGAAAUUGAUUGUUUCCAUUCUAUGCCCUUUAGCUAUUUUGUUAGUUUACUUAGUAUAUGAAGUAAUUAUAUAAAAGUGUUACUACAAGUCAACGCGUCUUUUUUCUUACUCAGUAUAUACAGCAUCAAUAUUUUUAUUCCUUUAUGUAUAACCAGACUUAGUUUCUUAAAUGAUUGGCCUUCUUUCCUGUAGAAAAAUAAUGAACACAGAUUACAUAUUAAUUAAUAUGAAUUAUUAAUGCUACACAGAUACAUAUAAAUUUUACAGUAUAGCCUUAGUUCUACCUUUUUUGAUAUUGUGUACUAUUGUUUUACCUGCUUUUCUAUUUAUUUAGAUUUAUAUUUCCUAAAGAAGACAUGGUUUAAAUGAUGUAAAAAUAAAUUUAAAAUAUGGGUUUUUAUUUUAAGAAUAUAAAGAUUCUGUCUAUUUUUGGGAGAUAAUUAAAAUCAUUCAAAAAAUUGUGAUAAUUAUUCUUCUGAACUUUUAUUCUUAAGUUGUAAUGGUGAAAGGUAUUUUAAUCUACUUAGUUAUUUUGUUUUAUGGAGUGCUAUCAAAUAAAUACAAGCCUUACUAAUAAGAUUAAUUAAAUAAAAUUGAUAAUUAUUCAACUUAAAUUUGUGCUUUCACAAUAUUGCUUUGUGUCUUCAUUAACAAUAAUUAAUACAAUUAUUUGAAAAUUGGCUGUUUUAUAAUAAUAGUUUUGAUUAACUCAUUUUUUAUCAUUUACAUAGCUCUAAGAAUACUAAAAGACAAAUAUAAUUAAGUCAUUAAUCUAUUGUUUAAAGUUUUUGAAAAAUACCCAUCAAUACAAAAAUACUUUAAAUAAAGAAAGAUAAAAAUAAAUCCUGCUUUAAAGCAAAAGAUCAGAUCAUCUUUAAAAGAGUUUGCAAAGUUAAAUCAAAAUUAAAUUAAGGAAAUGCUCUCUUCUAUUAGAAAUACAAAAACAAACUUAAGUCCUACUAAGUAGCUAGAUUCUAUACCAAAUAGUCACAGAUAAAUGUUGAGCAUUGAAACAGACAGCUCUAAUUUUAAUACAUAGAUGAUUAACAGUUAAACAGAAAGACUUUAUGCAAGUUUUAAACCAAAAUCAAUGUUAAGCGUAGAAUAAAAGCACUUGACAAAUAGUUAAAAACCAAUUAAUGUUAAAUUUAAGAUAUCUUACUUAUAAGCACACAGUGGAGACAUUCAAGAAGAUUCUUAAAACAAAGAGAAUUCUAUAGGCAAUUAAAUCGAAGAUAAUUAAAAGUAAAAUGUGACAGAAAACUCUCAAUUUAAGGAAGUCUAUUAAAAAGGGUAUUCGGAAACAAUUUAAAACGAAAUAGAAUUAAUAAAAAAUUCUUAAAUUAAAGAUGGCUCAUAAAGUGAACAAAUUAAGAUCUAUUAAAAUAUUUGA